AUGGACAAGUUCAAGGAGAAACUCGCCGCCCUUCGUGAGGAAGUCAACGCUGCCGAUGCCCGCGCCCUCGAAGCCGAGACCAAGGCCAAACUUCUCUCGGAUGAGCAGAUCCAGAAGGAUCAUGAGAUCACCUCAUUGAAGAACAAGCUCAACUUGGUCGAGUCUGACCUUGAGAAGGCCGAGAACAGAAUCGCCGAGGCUAAGCUCAACUUGGACGAGGGCGAGACCUCAAAGACCGUCGGCGAGACUCUUGCCCGUAAGGUCUCCCUCCUCGAGUCCGAGCUUGACAAUGCUGAGCGCAACCUUCGCGAGACUACCGAGAAGUUGCGCCAGAUGGACAUCAAGGCAGAGCACUUUGAGCGCAAGGUUCAGCAGUUGGAGAACGAGCGUGACACCUAUGAGCGCAAGGUCGAGGACUUGACCACAAAGUACAACGGCAUCAAGUUGGAGUUGGACGACACCCUUAAGUCUCUCGAUGAUCUGUAA